AGAGACAAAGUUGUGCAGGACUUUGCCCCCAUUGACUGCAACGACCAAGGCUGUGCUUCACCUCUGCGAGCCUUAGGAGCAAAGACCAUCUGUCUGGCUGGAUGUACUGAACAGAAUGGAUAUUGCAACAAGCCCGGAGAGUGCAUCUGUCGUCCUGGUUGGCAAGGCCGCUACUGUGAUGAAUGCAUUCCCCAUAUAGGCUGCCGCCACGGGACCUGCAAAACACAAUGGCAGUGCAUAUGUGAUGAAGGAUGGGGUGGCCUCUUCUGUGAUCAAGAUCUGAACUACUGCACUCACCACAGACCAUGCAAAAACGGAGCAACCUGCAUGAACACUGGCCAGGGCAGCUACACGUGUGCAUGCAAACCUGGCUUUACCGGUAUUGACUGCGAACAUGAGAUCAGCGAGUGUGACAGCAAUCCCUGUAGGAAUGGUGGCAGUUGCACGGAUAUGGAGAACGGUUAUCACUGCCUGUGUCCCCCUGGCUACUAUGGCACUCACUGUGAGCACAGUGCUUUGACGUGUAUAGAUUCUCCAUGCUUUAAUGGUGGCACAUGCUUGGAAAAAGAACAAGGGGCCAGCUAUGCUUGUGUUUGCCCUUUUGGCUUCACAGGGUCAAACUGUGAAAAGAAGGUAGACAGGUGCACAAGCAACCCGUGUGCAAAUGAUGGUAGUUGCUUCUACCUUGGGCAGAUCCGUGUUUGUCGCUGUCGGGCUGGUUUCUCUGGUCAGAAAUGUGAGAUAAACAUCAAUGAUUGUGCCAGAAACCCAUGUUCCAAUGGGGGAACUUGUCACGACCUCAUCAAUGAUUAUACCUGCACAUGCUUGCCAGGCUACAGUGGCAGGAACUGUGACAUCAAAACCAGAGAUGAAUGUGCUUCUGGGCCAUGUGAGAAUGGAGGCACAUGCUAUAGUGGACUUUAUAGUGCCAACUUUGUCUGCUACUGUCCUUCUGGUUUCAUGGGCAACCGCUGUGAAUUGCCAGUUUAUUCAGUGCCCGUUACACUUCCUCCUAAACCAGUCCCCUGGAUUGCUAUAUCCAUGGGUGUGGGGCUGGUGGCUUUGCUCAUACUGUUCUGCAUGAUAGCAAUGGUCAUCAGGCAGAUGAGGAUGCAGCCAGAGCAGGAGUUGGAGACAAUGAACAACCUGUCAGAUUUCCAGAAGGACAAUCUCAUUCCAGCUUCCCAGCUCAAAAACACCAAUAAAAAUAAAGACCUUGAAGUGGACUGUGGGCUGGAGAAAUCAAACUACAAACCCAAGAAUCAUAAACUGGACUACAAUCUGGUAAAAGACCUCACGAGUAGAGGGACACCAGAAGAUAAAUACUACAAAAGUGAAAAGUGUUUAGGAGAGAAGUCUCCCCUCCGACUACACAGUGAUAAGCCAGAAUGCAGAAUAUCAGCGAUAUGCUCUCCGAGGGAUUCAGUGUACCAGUCUGUCUUUGUGAUAACAGAAGAAAGGAAUGAGUGCAUCAUAGCCACAGAGGUAUAAGACUGAAGGUCGGCCCAUUUGCACC